ACAACGAGAGGAAAAUCAGCAGAAAUAAUUCAGCAGAAAUAAUUCAACAGGAAUAUCAGCAGGAAUAAUUCAGUAGAAAUAAUUCAGAAAUAUCAGCAGGAAUAAUAUCAGCAAAAAUAAUUCAGCAGAAAUAUCAGUAGAAAUUAUUCAACAGGAAUAAUUCAGGAAUAAUUCAGCAGAAAUAUCAUCAUGUCUCACGCGUGGGGAUACGGACCUGAUAACGGACCGGACACCUGGGGCCAGGACUUCCCGGUGGCCAACGGGUCCCGUCAGUCCCCCAUCAACAUCGUCCCUAAGGAGGCCCAACACGACCCGUCCCUGAAGAACCUGAAGCUCCGCUACGACCCGGGCACCGCCAAGGGAAUCCUCAACAACGGACACUCCUUCCAGGUGGACUUUGUGGACGACGCUGACAGCUCUGUUCUGAACGGGGGUCCGAUCACCGGGACUUACCGCCUGAGACAGUUCCACUUCCACUGGGGGGCCGGAGACGACCGCGGGUCUGAGCACACGGUGAACGGGACCAAGUUCCCCUGUGAGCUCCACCUGGUCCACUGGAACACCAAGUAUCCCAGUUUUGGAGACGCCGCCGACAAACCAGAUGGACUCGCCGUGGUGGGAGUUUUCCUGAAGAUCGGACCGGCCAACCCGCGUCUCCAGAAGGUUCUGGACGCCCUGGACGGGAUCAAGACCAAGGGGAAGCAGACCACCUUCUCCAACUUUGACCCCCGUACGCUCCUCCCCGGGUCUCUGGACUACUGGACCUACGACGGGUCCCUGACCACCCCCCCCCUGCUGGAGAGCGUGACCUGGAUCGUCCUGAAGGAGCCCAUCAGCGUCAGUCCGGCCCAGAUGGCGAAGUUCCGGAGCCUCCUGUUCACCGGAGAGGAAGAAUCCGCCUGCUGCAUGGUGGACAAUUACCGUCCCCCCCAGCUGCUGAAGGGGCGGCAGGUCCGGGCCAACUUCAAGUAGCUCUGCCCCCUCUCCUAACCCCGCCCACCCAGCCCUGGCCCCGCCCCUCACCUCCUAACCCCGCCCCCAGCUCCAAUUACCGUCCCCCCCAGCUGCUGAAGGGGCGGCAGGUCCGGGCCAACUUCAAGUAGCUCCGCCCCCUCCACUACUGGCCCCGCCCCCAGCUCCUGAAGGGCCACGUCUCCUUCAAAUAAACCUGACUCCGCCCACUCAGCUCGCUGGCUCCUCCCUCUUUCUGACGCUCCGCUAGCUCCAGUUUAGCCGCGUUUAGCCGUGCUCCGUCGCUAACAUGCUAGGCUAGUUUCUCCGAUUCUUUUAUCUUUCGGAUAAAGUCUGAAACUCUGGACUCUGGAGGACGUUUGAUCCCGUUUAGACGUAAAAGUGUGUUUUUGUGAGGAAGAUUUUACAGUGACAAUCCGGCGACAAUCAGCCGACGACCCGACACUCAGAUUGUUCGGAGAAACAAACGACUUCAUUUGUAGCAAAAUCAGAACCUUUAAGAACUGAAGCCAGAGUCGGCGCAUGGAAGCGAUUUUUUACGUUAAAUUUUAGUUCAAAGUUACUUUUUUACCCUAAAGUCGUAGAGUUUGAAAAUUAUUCUUAAAAUUCCUGAUUUUCCCGACUUUCUCUAAUUUGUUACAUUUUUAUGAAGUAGGUUUUUAAAUAGCUGAAUUUUCUGGUAUGAGUUAUAGAUAAAGAUAUUGAGUAUAAAUUCAGGUGUUUUUUCUACUGGACUUUACCAACUU